GUAAGUUGCGCACAGUUGUCAUUCUGUCUUGGCAUUUCGACCUUCUUCUUCUCUUGUAGUGUAGGAUCUUUACACCUCUUUUUCCUACUAGGGAUUAGAGCUUCGAAGUAAGCGAAGCCUAGUCUCUUAUCACGCAAUGUUCCACAAUUAACUCUUCUGCUACUACACAAUCUCUCACAAAAAUUAACUAACACAGUAAAGUCACCCCAUAAAUCUAUUCUUGAUACAAAUUUUACAAUGUCUGGGUUCUCGAGAGAGGAUACUAUCAACGACACAGCUUUCGUUAACAUAUCCGGCCCAAACAUCCAUAUAUCCUCUUCAUUUCCGGAUUUGCUAUGUCAAAAUGUCUACUUGACUCCAGAACAAGAUAAGUCUAUAGGAUAUACAUCCAUCGACUCCAGACCUAGAACAUUGUGCAGCGACGAAGCAAGAGAUUUGCUGUACAGAUACUUUCCCGAAGGCAUAUUAUCCAAUCUAGAUGUUGAUAUUCGAGAAGAAUUACUCCUCAAAGGCUACGCCUCCGAAAACGAACAAUUUUCUACCGAUACCUACCUCGAUAGGAACGAUGCUAAAAUUAUACCUGGUGUUGAUUUGAUGGUUAAGAGAAUAACUCGUGUUGCAACUACAAUAAUAGAAUCAUGUUUUGAUGAAAAUGCCAAGCAAAGAUUCCACAAUAGAGCGAUUGCAAAAGCUUCGUUAUGUGUUGGGGACGAUCGAAAUAAAUACACUAGCACCAUCCGAAUUCAUCUCAUCGAUCCUAAUUCUUCCCCAACCCUUAUUAGAGUCCUUGAAGAUGAUCCAGCUCUAUAUACAGUUCGAAUACACCUCGGCAUCGCUCAAGAUGGACAAUUUCCCGGUCGAAUAUGCCUACCAACCUUCCAAGAAUAUUGCAACAUGGAACCAUUUACCGCACUGGUGUUCAAAAGAACAAUGCCAUUCUUUGAGAUACAACAAUCCACACCAACGUCUGACCACAUUUCUUCCAGAAACACUGCCAGCCCCAGAAUUGGCAGAGGAAUCGUCAUCGAGAUAUCCCCAAAUCAAAGAUUAAUGAAUAAUUCACACUCGCUGGGCUACCCUCGAAGCAUGCCACGACCCAUUACCGUCUUUGGCACAUUCAAAAACUACAGCGAAUGGCUAUUCCGCUUAGCUAUUAUUGAAAGCAUAGGUCGUGAAUCUAGAGGUGCCUUCAUCCCAGCUGAUAUUAACUUGGAUAGCAUCGCUAAAUUAUAUGGUUACCAAAUUGAUACCACUACAUUUCUCCCACGACUAUCACUUGCGAAUACAAUUCUCCAGUAUCCGGAUCACGACUUGGAAGAUUGGAACUCUUUUGUCAAUCGUAUAAUGGAACUUCAUAACAAGACUGGUUAUCCACCCCAUCAUCUUGAAACCCAUCCAUCAUUGAAAAUCAUUUCACAACCAAUCUCAUGGAUUCCUCAAACCCCUCCUUCGAACACUUCCCGGAGAACACACUCCAACGUCAUAUCAUCGACGGCUGAUCAAUCAACCCGCCUUCAAAAUACAGCCAAUCCGACUUCGGCUCAAACCAGACCUACCAAUAGAAAUACCAACCCAAUAUCCCUUUCGAAUCAAAGCAUUACAUUGGGUGAAGUAACUCGGCAUCAUUGUCGUCCUAGUGGAUCAACACCAGAAAUUGAAGUUGGUCUUUCCCAGUCCUCAGUUCGUAGGAGUAAACAUGGGCAUGAAGCUGGUCGAAAUCAAGCCAGUCCCUUGUUUCAGCCUACUUCAACUAAUAUGGCCAGUGGUUUGUUGACAAGAGAAAGUCUCCCAAAGCCUCAACCAUUAGUUCGAGUUGAUCUCGUUGAAACUAGGGAUCCCUGUGGUGGCAGAAUCCGCGAUUGACGAAGUGGCCGCUUUGUCAGCCCCAGAAAAUAUUCAAUAUUUUUAUAAUAUAUUAAAAAAAGCGUUUUUAAAAUAUUGAUUAAAAGACUUUUUUUUUAUAAAUGAUUAGAAAUUUUUAUUCCA